AUGACCAAGUUGCAUCCUCAGCUUUCGAGAAGGGCUUGCCAACCGAGCACGAGCUACCAGGAGCUGGCCAUAACACCAAGUCAAACCUUGGUAGAAGUAUUCGCGACAACAGAAUGCUAUGCACUUUGGGACGAUGAUCGUAUUGCCGCAAAGAAGGCCAGCAAACAAGUUCAUCACCCGACGAAAUGGGCAAGCCAAAAGAGCAAUCAAUUCGAGCAAAGAGCCCGAGAUAAGCGCAGAUCGCGGCCCCGAGAGGGAAGCUUAGAAAUAGGGACCUUCACUGAGUUCGCUAUCCCAAUUCAUCAGAUCCUGGCUCAAGUGAAGGACAAGCCGUGGGCGAGGAGACCGCUAACAAUGAAGGGAGACCCCUCUAAAAGGGACACCAGCAAAUAUUGCGCAUUCCACUGGGAGCACGGUCAUUACACCAACAACUGCAACGCUUUGAAAAGGCACCUUGAGGAGCUGGUCAGAGAAGGUCAUUGUACAGAAUUCAUCGCAAAAAAGGCCAUCCAACAGAUUGAGGAUCGUGAUGCGGCUGUUAAGGAACCUCCCCAAAAGGUCAUUCGAAUCAACACCAUUCUAGCUGACUCCCAUGAGUCCGGGCUGACCACCAAGGAGCUCAAGAGGAAGAUCGCGCAUUCGACUUAUGUGGUCUCCAAGCCAGUGGGGAACUUCGCCCUUCCACCUCAAGAGUGGAACACGCAAACGGGUGAACACUUCCAAGUCACAAUAAGAGUACCAGUCAUUGUGGAUACACCCAUUAUUAGUUUCCAGAAGAAAGAUUUGAUCAGGCUCGACCUGCCUCAUAAUGGCGCCUUAGUCAUCUGCAUCCAAAUUGAAGAGGCUGUGAUCGAGCGAGUUUAUGUGGAUGAGGGCAGCGCGCAGCCAACAUCCUGCAACUAUCUGUUAUCCAACAGAUAG